GGACGCGGAGGGGAAGAAGGCGAAGAACGCGGACAAGAACGGCGCGAAGAAGCAAAAGGCGAUCGCGGGCGCCAAGGCGUCGGGCGCCAAGGCGAGCGACGUCGGCGGCGCCGCCAAGACGUCCAAGGGGAAGAAGCGCAAGGCGAGCGACGAGCUCGCGUUCGGCGGGCCCGGUGCGAACAAGCGCGCGAACGACCCGGACAUCGCGCACGCGGCGGCGCAGAUGAUGGGGCAGUACAACCUCCACGCCAACGGCCAAGGCGGGAACCACGCGGCGGCGGCGGCGGCUGCCGCGGCGGCGGCGGCUGCCGUCUUCGACGCGACGCUUCACAACAUGCUCAUGUCCCCGACGAACGGGAACUCCAACGGCGCCGCGGGCGCGGGCGCGGCGCCGUCGCCGUUCGGCACGGGCACGACCGCCGCGGUGCAGCAGCUGUUCGCCGCGUCGCCGUCGCUGUAUAACAACGCCAACUCGAACGGAGCGCCCUCCCCCGACGGAAAGUCUGGCCGACCGUCGCCGUUUCCGAUGACGGAGCUCUUCGAGUCCAUGCACGACGGCUCGCCGACGGGGAAGUCCAACGGCGCCGCGUCCCCGCUCGGGGCGCUGUCGACGAUGAUGGCCACCGGCGCGAGCCCGCUGCUCGGGAACUUCGCGGGCGGGUCCCCGAUGAACCUGUACAACGCGUUGCUCUCCUCUCCGGGGGGGAGCAUCCUAAGGAAGAACACGGUGAUGCGCAGCGGCGCGACGCCGGCGUCGAACGGCGCGAACGCGAACUCGAUGGCGCCGCCGAGGACGCAGGGUGGCGGGGAGAAGACCGCGGGGGGUAACCCCGAAGACGCGUCGCCGUCCAUCUCCGGGUUUGGCUGGUUCGACACCCCCGGCCGCGGCGGCGCGGCGGCGGCGAAGGCGGGGCGAACCCCCGCGGCGAAAGAGCCGACGCCCGGGCGGACGACGCGCGCGUCCGCGGCGACGAACGCGGCGGCGGCCGGGCCGCCGAGGAUGGCGAACGCGGAGCUCGCGGGGCUCGCGUCGCCGCCGCACGUCAAGGGCGGCGGCGCCGGCAUCCCCGGCCGUCUUUCCUCGAUUUUCCGUCGAGCGCCGAGCGGGAACGAUUUGAAGACGGCGAACGCGAUGAAGGGCGGGAAAGAACCCGCGGCGUCGGACGACGUCUUGGAAGUCAUGCGUCAGCUCGAGGAGUCCAACGCGGGGCUGUACAUGCAAGCGGAGGCGGUGAUGGCGCGCGAGGCUGCGGAGGAGGAGAAACGCGGCGGACGCGCCACUCGGGCACACGGCGGGGUGGGCGGCGAGGACAAGGGGAGCCCGGGCGCGGGGGGCGGGAACAAGUUUUCGCCGUCGCAGUACCUCACGGCGAUGUGA